UAAAUCCCUCUUUUUUUCUUUUUUUAAAUUAUUCUGUCUUUUUGUGUCCCUUAGUUUAUGUGUUCAUUUCCUGAACUCCCUCUUACUCUUCAAGUUCUCCCACUCAGUGCACUGAGAAAAAAAAUGGGAAGAGCUACAAGGUGGCUAAAGAGCUUGUUUGGGAUAAAGAGCAGCAAAGACUACUCAAAUUCCAGUGACCGGCAAGACAAGAAAAGGUGUAGCGUUGGCCAUUCAGGGCGAGACUUAAGUGGUGGAUUGUAUCACAACCCAAUAACAAUACCUCCAAACAUAUCACCAGAAGAGAAUGUCUGGCUAAGAUCAUACUACAAUGAAACAGAGAAGGAGCAGAACAAGAACGCAAUUGCAGUGGCAGCCGCCACAGCAGCGGCUGCAGAUGCCGCAGUAGCCGCUGCGCAGGCAGCAGUGGCAGUGGUGAGGCUGACAAGUCAUGGCAGAGGGACCAUAUUUGGUGGUGGACAUGAGAGGUGGGCUGCUGUUAAGAUUCAAACUGUUUUUAGAGGUUAUCUGGCUAGGAAAGCACGACGAGCUUUGAAAGGAUUAGUGAAGAUACAAGCCCUUGUUAGAGGAUAUUUAGUGCGGAAACAGGCUACAGCUACUCUUUAUGGUAUGCAGGCCCUCAUAAGAGCACAAGCCACCAUUAGGUCCCAGAAAGCUCGUGGAAUCAUUAACCAUGAUGCUAACAGAUUUGACAUCCGAGCACGAAAAUCUAUGGAGAGAUUUGAUGAUACAAGGAGUGAACAUACGGUUUCUAUCCAUAGCAGAAGAUUGUCAGCUUCUCUUGACACUGGAAUUAACAUUGAUGGAAGCCCCAAAAUUGUGGAGGUUGAUACAGGCAGGCCUAAAUCAAAAUCUCGCAUAAUCAACACUUCUGUAUCAGAUUUCAGCGAUGACCCGCCUUAUCAAACGCUCCGGCGCUUUCAAGACACUAAUUGGGGAUUAACUGGAGAUGAAUGCAGGUUCUCUACAGCACAAAGUACACCUCGGUUUAUCAAUUCUUGUGUGUCUAAUGCCCCCGUUACACCGGCCAAGAGUAUAUGCGCUGAUAACUUUUUUAGACACUACGGGAAUAUUAAUGUUCCCAAUUAUAUGGCUAACACACAAUCUUUCAAGGCUAAAUUGAGGUCACAGAGUGCACCAAAGCAAAGGCUAGAGCAAGGGCCGAAAAAGCGCCUUUCCCUCUAUGAAAUGAUGGAAUCUAGAAGUAGUUUAAGUGGGGUUAGAAUGCAGACAUCAUGCUCACAAGUUCAGGAAUCUAUUAAUUUUAAGAAUGCAGUGAUGAGGAAGCUUGAUAGAUCCUCAGAAUUUGGUAGAGAUCCUGAGAGAAACUAUUUGCAGAGAAAGUUGUGAUUAUGAGAGCAAAAGAAAAAAAUGUAGCUCUGCCUCUGUGGGCCCCCCCUUGUAUGCUAGUGAACAAAGAUAGGUGAUUAAACAAGAUAGAAUGAGUGGAGAAUUUACAUGAUCUGAUCGAAAUUCCUGUCCAUCUGAUUCAAUUGUCAGUGUCAUGUGAAGGAAUUUGCCUUUCUUGUUAAUGAAAUGAAAUUGCAAUUGUAGAAUUAGUUGAGCUCUCCAUAACACUCUUCAAUGUUUGUUUUCUAAACAACCAACAUUUCUUAGUUUUUCCUGGACUAAUAGAA